ACAACAGAGUUUAGCCACGCCCUAAUUUCUGCAAGGAAAAAUGGCUACUAAAGUCAAGCUUUAUUAUGAUGUUGUCUCUCCCUAUACUUGGGUUGCUUUUGAAGUACUCUGUCGCUAUAGGUCCAGAUGGAACAUGUCCUUAGAACUGAAGCCGUUUUUUCUGGGCGGAAUAAUGCAGCUCAGUGGUAACAGACCUCCAGGUAUGGUGCCAAACAAAGCAGCUUACAUGGUGACUGACUUGAAAAGAUUAAGAAAAUAUUACGACGUUCCAUUAAAUAUUCCAAAAAAUCCUGUUGAUACAAUGUUAAAUAAAGGAUCUUUGUCAGCCCAAAGACUGUUAAUUGCAGUUAGGGACAGACAACCCGAGAAACUUGAAGAACUGUCGAGACAACUCUGGCUUAGGAUCUGGUCUAGGGAUGAAGAUAUAACAGCAGAAGAGAGUCUUAGGGAAGCUUGUCAAGCCAGUGACAUUAGCAGUGACCUUACCAGUGAGCUGUUGAGUUCCAUCAAAGAUGUAUCUAUCAAAGAUAAGCUUAAAGCAACUACACAAGAAGCUUUUGAUCUUGGAGCUUUUGGGUCUCCAUUCAUUGUAGCUUAUGUUGAUGGGAAGCCCGAGCCAUUCUUUGGGACUGAUAGAUUUGAGAUACUAGCACAAACUAUUGGAGAGAAUUGGGAAGGACCACUGGUGAAUCUAAAGGCAAAGUACUGAACAACUGUCCAAGCCAAGAAUAGAUUUUUUACUAAUAAAUUAUUUAUAAAAGCAAUGCCAGGAAAUAGGAGUGGUGUCUUUAAAAACAACA